AUGUUUAAAUUAAAUAAUUCAUCAAAAUUAAUAAAUAAUUUAAUUAAAACUACAACUUGUUAUAGUAGUUGUAGUAAAUUGUUAUUAAUUAAUAAUUCUAAAUCAAAUAAAAUUUUUUAUGGUACAAAACAAGAAGGUAGUGGUAAUAAUAAAACUAGUGCUAAGGAUAAUUCAGAUAAUCUUUCAAUAAAGAGUCAAAUAUAUUUAAAUUAUGACACUGGUAAAGAAAAAGGUGGUUAUAUGAAGAAAUCAUUAUAUGACUAUGACCCAAUCGCAACCAAAGCAAUUAAAGAAUCGACGGAAUACUUUGCAUUUGGUGAUACUCAAGUCGGAGAUAUCAUAAAAGAAAAACAAGAAAAACAAAUCAUUUACGUCAAAUCCAACAACACAAUCUAUGACGCAAUUAAAUUAAUGAAUAAUCAUGGUAUUGGUUGCUUAUUGGUGGUUUCCGAAGUCGAUGGUUCGUUGGUUGGAAUUUUCACAGAACGUGAUUAUCUUGGAAAAGUGGCUUUAAUGGGUAAAAGUUCAAAGGAAACCUUGGUUCAAGAUGCAAUGACUACAAAAGUUGUUACAAUUAAUUCAAAAGUUGGUGUUGUCGAAGCAAUGAAAUUAAUGACUGAAAAACGUUUCCGUCAUAUUCCAGUAGUCGAUGAAGAUUGUAUCAAUGUUAUCGGUCUAGUUUCAAUAACUGACUUAAUCAAAACCCUUCGUACAAAUCAAAAAGAAACUAUUAAAUAUUUAAAUAAUUUCUUAAAUGAUCCAGGUCGUUACUCACUUUAA